UAAUGAGCUUGGACUGCAACUAUGAGGCAUGUACAACUAAUGAAAACAUACCCUACCGGUAGGGUACCGCGUCCAGCGUUGUAGUUCGAAUCGUAAACCUCUUCAAGAUGACGUGGGAAGAAUCACCAAAUUAGUAUACUCGCAUAGCGUCGCGUAAGGUCGCGUAGCGGACAUGCGUGACAAUACACUCACAACUUGUUCCGGGCACCUCCCCAGCGAAAAAUAACGCAACUGCACAACGUGAGUGAUGAAACUGCAUCUCAUGAGCGAGCAUCGAAGACCUCUUGACAUCGCCAGAAUUGCAUACUCUGUUGACUUCAAAUUCAAAAGAUGAGCAGUCAGACCAAGAAGCGGAAGUUGGCAAUGGAAACCGACCACCGUACCUUCAUGUCGUCUUUAAAGGAGGCAUUUCCGGACACCACAAGGUUCCAGCGCAUUGGUACACAGCCUCUUGCGUCCUCCGAUGCUCUGUCUGCGAUUGAGCGUGACAUAGCAGAUGUUGAAAAUCUUCUUCAGGAGACGAUUAAUACGUUCCAUGGUUCCCUUGUGCACCUCCGUUCGCGACGCAACAACGCUGUGACUGUGAACAUUCUUCCGGACGAAAUCCUCUGUGCGGUAUUCGAGACGGCCAAUGAUCAAGGCUUCGACCACAAAACCACUUUGGCAAUUUCCCACACAUGCGCACGGUGGCGUUCCGUGAGCCUGGCCGACGCGUCGUUUUGGUCAUGCAUUGAUAUGAAUGCCAUUCCUUUGAAGCUCGCCAAAUUAUAUCUGGAACAGAAUACGAUAAUCCCUCGCUCCCUGGUAUUCAUAUGUGACGGUUACGAAGACCCAGUCUUAGAAAAGGCCAAGCUUUGUGCAGACAUCACAGUAUUUGCAAGGGAGCUGGUGCUCUGCACGAGAAUCCCGAUCUCCUGGCUGGCCCCUCCCUCAGAAGCUCCGUUCCUCGAGAUCUUUACACUAGACGGCAUAAACAUCAGGAACUCAGGUCCGAUAAUCUCAGAUCCAUUUGCGUCCUAUCCCAGGCUGCACAGCUUGACUUUGCGUGAAGUGCUGUUACCCAAGCACUCGUCCGCAUACAGAGGUCUUCGAGAAUUGAGCAUCGAAGUUUGCACAACGGCAUCUGAGAAGUUUAACUUCUUUUCUCUCCUAUCAGCCUCUCCUGAUUUGCAGGUACUGAAUCUCUCCAUACGGGAGAUGGAUAAUGUAUUUGAGAACCUUGCCGAGAACGAGUGGCUCAAGCUAACGCAGCUUCGUAGCUUGUCGCUAGUCCUUCCCAUCGUCGAGAUCAACGAAGUGCUCUCUUCUUUGGAGAUCCCGCCUGGUUGCAGGAUGGACCUAAGGGUCCCCCCAACGUGCAUGACCACAGAGAAGGCAUCUUUAAUCGACUUUUUCCCCGUGGAUCCACGCUUCCUUUCUCGCCUUCAGGAUUCAUACAAGCUUUGCAUCAAGUCCCGUUAUUCCCAAGCGAUAAUCUAUAAAUCAGAGUCCCCACGUUCAUUCCCAGAAAGCCUCCCGCGGGUGGAAAGCCUGCCAUUCAUCACCCUUUCUUCGGUUGGAAAUAUCUUCGACUCCACUAGUAUCAUUGGCCUUCUUCAGCUGCUUUCAUCUCUUCAAGACCUUGAGCUUGGCUCAUGCAGUGCAUACAGCGCCUCCGAUAUCAUAAUAUUCAUGAAGUUGGUCCCCGCUUUACGACGGCUUCGCAUUGAUUGGUGUCCCAUUGAGCUCUACAAGACACUAACGACCCUGGUCGAAUAUUCCCCUACACCAUUCCUUCCCCGGCUUUCCCAUAUCGUCCUGUGCCAUUCCAAGAUAAACACAUCGUUGACUGCUCUAUGUCGCAGCCUCGAGAAACAACUGUGCAGUAUUCAACUUGUAGGGUGCAGAUUUGAAACAAUGACGGAAGAGGAGCGAAUCCUGGGAGAACUACAAGGACUGGACAUACUGGAAGUGAUGUCUUCUAACGCCACGUACAGGAAACGACUUUGAGGCUUGGAAUCCAGGAAGCUCUGCUAGAACAAGUAUAGCUUAUCUCAAAUUCUCACUUAACUCACAAACGAGAGCGAUAGCACCCACCAUGUAGAUACCCUUUCGAAUCGAAGCCUAAUCUGCCGUCAAAGACACGCGGGGUUUACUUUAAAGUGUCUUCAAUGUGAAGUAGCUUGGUACGCGUGUUUGAACGAUUGGCUCGGCAACGGAAUGAAGUUUUGAGUCAAUCC